GUGAGAUCUCUUCCUGUCGUGUGAACCCCGUAGAAGCGUUAUAGAUUUUGAUGUAUCGUGGAGAAUUGUAGUACAAAAUAAAUGUAUAAAAUACAAUUAAUUACUUGAGUGGUAUCAAUUUUGGAGGAUAGUGUUGUGUUUUAUUGCAUUAACUCUGUGACAGCAUGGUAGGGACAAGGGUGUAUGUCGGAGGCCUUCCAUACGGAGUGAGAGAGAAAGACCUUGAACGAUUUUUCAGAGGCUAUGGCCGCAUUCGUGAUGUUCUCAUCAAGAACGGUUAUGGUUUUUGUGAGUUUGAUGACUACCGUGAUGCUGAUGAUGCUGUAUAUGAAUUAAAUGGAAAGGAACUUCUAGGCGAGAGAGUCUCUGUAGAGAAAGCUCGCGGCACUCCGCGUGGUAGCGAUAUCUGGAGGGGCCGCAGUCGGAGCCGGGGGCCUGCUCCGCGCCGCCGAAGCCGGCCUCGGGACAAGGAUAUGGAUGUCCGUAUUCACGACAGGUAUGGGCCGCCAACAAGAACAGAAUAUCGCCUGAUUGUGGAGAAUUUAUCUAGCCGCGUCAGUUGGCAGGAUUUGAAAGAUUACAUGCGUCAGGCUGGAGAAGUGACGUAUGCUGAUGCUCACAAGCAACGCAGAAAUGAAGGCGUGGUGGAGUUUGCAACCCACUCGGACAUGAGGAACGCCAUAGACAAGCUGGAUGACACGGAGCUGAAUGGACGCCGCAUCCGCCUGAUUGAGGACAGCCGGCGCGGGCGGGGCAGCAGGCGCUCUCGCUCGUCCAGUUCCAGGUCGAGGUCUCGCUCGCGCUCUCGCUCUGGCCGCCGCCGCUCUCGCACCCGCUCCAGGUCCAGAAGGAGCAGCAGAUCAAGGAGCCGACGUAGCAGUCGGUCCAAGUCUCGUGGACGCUCAAAGUCCCGCGGACGUUCCAAGUCUGUCUCACGUUCCAAGUCACGUUCCCGCUCCAAGUCAAAAUCCCGUGAGCGAUCAAAGUCUAAGUCAAAGUCCAGGUCGCGGUCUCGCUCCAGGUCGCAGUCUGAAACAAAGGCUCGAUCCAAGUCCCGUUCACAGUCUCACACCAAGGCCAAAUCGCAGUCGAAGGACAGGUCACAGUCUCGUUCUGUCAGCAAAGACAGAAGCAAGUCCAAGUCCAGGAGUCGGUCAAAGUCAGAGACUAAGGAUGACGAAAUGUCUCCGAAGAAGGAUGAUUGAGAACAUCUGGAUGUCUGUAGGCGUGUGGACUCAGAGAACUGCAGUGUUUAUCUUAUUCAGGUUACGUGUGUUAACUAACUGAACUUUGUACAGUUGCAUUUCAGGUGUGCAUCCCUUGAGAAGUGUUUAGGCUAUAGGAGUUUCCAUUUGCCUAUUAGUCUCGUGAAUUUGGUCCUUCUAGCAUAGUUGGACAUUGAGAAUGUUUUGUACUGCCCACUUAAUUUUUUUUUAUUUUAAUUUAUCCCAUUUUUUCUGCUGAUAACUGGAUAUGAGGCUGGUUGACUGACUGGGUCCAUGUGGAAUGUGUAAAGAACAGGUAAUUGUAUCUGAUGGUGCGAUUGAUUACAGUUAUAAAGUAGCGUGUAAAAUUCAGAAGUUUUGUCUUUAUGUUCUUAGAAUAGAAUUUGAUUAUUAAUUGCUAUAUAACCACACACAUGUAUUUUGGUUAUGUAAGUUAUUUGCUAAGCAAAUAAAUUUUAAAUCAGUCUCAAGUAA